UGAAAUGAGAACAUAAAGCCCCUUACUUUCUCCUAGCAGUGGCUGUAAGACUGCAAAUUUUUUGACUCCUUCAAGAUUAAAGCAUUCUUCUCUACAUUCCACAGUUGGAACACCAAAUACUUCUCAUUAAAGGAACAUAAUUAAUUUAAAAUCUGGAAUUUCUCAUAAUUCUCCAUCACCAUUUGAUACAUCAAAGUUUUAAAUUACAUAAAAUUACUUUAACUAAAAAAUAAUUACUAGUCACCAUACUAGGCAAGAAAGUCCGUUAAAAGUUCUUCUCAAAACUGGAUAUGAUUACUAGGAGGAAAUCAAACAACUAAGAAGAGAAAAUUAAGAUUUGCAUUUACUAGUAAAGAAAUAAAGAGAGUAACUUUAAGAUGUUUAAAUGGAUUCAUAAUUAGUUGAAGAAAAUUAAAUGUUAAAAGACAUUAUUUUAAAGUUGCAAAAAGAAAAUGAUGAAUACAAACGAUAACUAAAAGAGUGAGACGCC